AUGCAGUCUCAAAGCCCAGAAAGCAUCCCUCCAGAAUGUAACGAGGAUGUUGAACUAAUUGAGCGAUUUCAACAAGGCGACACCGCCGCAUUUGAUAUGCUCUUUACCCGCUACCAAAAACGCACCUAUCGUUUGGUGCAACGCUUCGUCCCAAACCCAGAAGAUGCAUCGGACCUGACACAAGACGCUUUUAUACGCGCAUAUCAAGGAUUAGGCGCCUUCAAGAGUCAGUGUCAGUUUUACAGUUGGCUUUACCGAAUCACGGUGAAUCUCUGUAUCGAUUUCCUACGGAAAAAAUCGAGAUCGGAAGUGCUCCUGUACGACUCCAACGACUCCGAGGAACUGCCGAUGUCCAACGUUGCGGAUCCCCGCUCAGAAUCACCAGCAAAAGCAGUCGAGAAUAAGGAGUUGAGAGCCCAAAUCCGGAAAGCAGUCCGUCGGCUUCCGCCAAAGCAGCGGCAAAUCUUCAUUUUACGACACUGGGAUGGGCUAUCGCUUAAAGAUAUUGCGGCUACUGUUGGACGAUCCGAUGGAACAGUCAAAGCUCACCUGCUCCACGCGCAUCGCAAUCUUCGCAAACACCUCCGCCCUUACCUGCGAGAAACAGAUUUUUAA